UCCGAACAGAAAGAAGAAAAUGAAAAUUUUUGAAAACAUUGAAAACGAUUAAAAUUGACAACAUUUAUGUGAAAUAUGUAGUAAAAUGCCAGGGUGGAAGCCUGACUGUCUGAGAGGUUCAGUUUAUGAGCCAGAUCUUUUGAAGCUAAAAGAAAGAAAGCAUAAUCAAAAUGCAGUAAUAGAAGAUUCAUGUGAAGAUGACAGGAAGGGCAUUGCUGUCAUCGAACUGUAUAAACAAGAUGGUUGUGGUCUGGGAUUUAUUGUAUCAGGAGGAGAGGAUAAAGGUUUUAGACCCACAGUAUCAAGUAUAAGACCAGGAGGAACUGCUCAUAGAUCUGAUUCCUUAGAAGUAGAUGAUAUCAUCUUGUCUGUUAAUGGUAUAAAGACAGAUGGAAUGAAACAUGACGAAAUAAUCAACUUAUUAAAGAACACUGGAGAACAUGUUAUACUUGAAGUAGAAUAUCAACUUCCUGAUAAUUCAUUUUCAAGUUCCUUUUCUGUUUGUUGUAAACAACAUACUGUGUCCCUGGAAAGAGAUAGUGGAGGGUUUGGAUUUACUCUGCGUGGAGGAUACGAUAACAACCCACAGAAAUCUAGAGCCUUAACUGUCACUCAAAUAAGACCAGGAGGAUCAGCCGAUAGAGAAGGGUCCAUACAGGUUGGAGAUAGAAUUAUUGCAAUCAAUGAAUACAAUGUUGCACAUUUUACCCUGUCUGAGGCCUCAAUGUUCCUGCAACAAUGUGGACAUGAAGCUAACUUUACAGUUGAAUAUGAUAUGUCUGUUAUAGAUACCAUUAAGAAUGCUACCGGACCAUUGUUGGUAGAAAUAGGCAGAGUACCUGGGACAUCCUUAGGUCUAGGACUUUCACAGACAUCACAUCAGGGAAAAUGGUGUUUGUCUAUUGAUGGCAUUGAUCCAAUGAGCUUAGCAGACAGGUGUGGAGCAUUGCAUGUAGGUGACCUAAUAAGAUCCAUUGAAGGGACCAGUGUUGAACACAUGUCUAUUGCUGAGGCUACACAACUACUAAAAUGUAGCCUUGAUGAAGUGGUCACCCUGGAAAUAUUACCAGCAAGGAUCGUAGAACAACAUACUUCCAGAGAUAUAAUAUCAAGAAGAGGGAUUAAAAGUAAUUUAGUUCGUUCCACCACUGGCAGCAUGUCCAAUGCAGCUUCUGUCCCAGCCAUACCCUCCUCUCUUUCUACUCCUGGUAGCUUCAAUAUGUAUAACUCUACAGGUUCCGCAUAUAACAUGUCAUCUGGUACCAGUACACUGAGGUUGUCCGGAAGGAAGAGACACCUGAAUAAGAGACAGACAUCCAACGUUUCCAUAUCCUCCACUGCCACAUCAGUUAUGCUUGGCAACCAGAUAGGCCGAUCAGAAAUCAUGGAGAUCAGACUGUAUGCAGACUACAGAGGACUAGGUUUAACAGUAGAAGGAAGUUUUAAUGAUUCCUCUGUCCUUGGGGAAGCCCCUGUUGUAUCUUAUGUUCAGACUGGUAGUGCUGCAGACAGAUGUGCCUUGAUGCAAGAAGGUGAUAGAAUAUUAACAGUAAAUGGACAGAGUUUGUCAGAUAAAACUAUUGAUGAAGUGAAUCAGCUGUUAAGAGAAUGCAGACAUCGAUGUGAUCUUGAAGUGGAAUUUGAUGUUGCAGAAUCAGUGGUGUUAACAUCUGGGACAUUUGUAGUCAAACUACCAAUGGUGAAAACAGGUUUAGGUGUUUGCUUGUCAGGAGCUGGUGGUAAAGCCAAUGACCAUUUGAUCAUCACAGAUGUUAAGAAGGGAAGUGUAGCACACAGAUGUGGAUCAAUCCAACCAGGAGAUAAACUACUGGCUAUUAAUGAUGUAAAAACAGAGAACAUGCUGGUUGAGGAUGCUUUACAUUUGUUACAAUCCACAGAUGACAUCAUCAAAUUACGUCUAAAGAGAGAUGACCCAUAUUCAGAUGACAGUGGAGAAGAAUGUGUAAUGUAUACAGUUGAAAUGCAGAGAAGAGGAGGCCCAUUAGGGAUAACAAUAUCUGGUACAGAUACCCCAGGGGACCCUAUUAUUAUAUCAGAUCUGGUUGAAGGAGGUUUAGCCGUAAGAACUGGUGCUAUUCAUGUUGGUGACAGAUUAUUAGCUAUAAAUGGUGAUACAACAAGGGGAAAAACUCUUACAGAAGCCACUAAUAUGUUACAAUGCGCUGUUGAACUUGUAACUUUAAAGAUAGCUAGGCCUGCUGAGACAUCAAAAACUAAAGGAAAGAAGUUGGGUGAUACAUGUAGGUCUACAACUCCAGUGGCUAGUGUUGACAGUGCUAUGGAAUCAUGGGAUAGCUCCGCACCAGAAACAGGACAGAUUUAUCAUAAUAUUGGAACAGUACUAUCAAAUGGAAAACCACAGUUGUUACCCAAACCAAGCAAAAAUAAAAGUGGUAUUAAAGCUGCUAACUCUAAUAACACUGAUACGAGUAGAGACAGAUUGGCAGAUUUUAACCAAUCAGAUUUUGAGUGGGAAAACCAUAGCAACAGCAGUCACAGUGAAAAUGCAAAUGGUGCUGAUGAGUGGACAGGUUCAUUUGCUGAGUAUGAAAAUGGGUCAGAAAUGUUGAAACAGAUUAAUGCAAGUUUGAGGCAGAGAUCUUCUGCCAGUUUGGACAGGCCAAGGUCAACGACGACCAAACCACUUUUGACAAAAAACUUCUCUCACAGCACUGCAAAAGAUUUCCACAGUGAGGAUGAACUUUGUAGUGCAGGAAGCAGAAAGAAGACCACAAAUAGACCAGGGAAAAAACUUGGACCAAAUGCGUACAAAGAACAUGUCAAGACCAUUUUCUCACCAACACCUGUUCAGCUUCAUAAAAUUAAGAUGGUGAAGGACCCUGGUGCAGAGGAUUUUGGAUUUGGUCUUUCAGACGGCAUGUAUGAGAAGGGUGUAUAUAUUAGUGGUGUAAGAAAGGGUUCACUGGCAGAUAAAGCUGGAUUAGUACAGUUUGACAGAAUAUUACAGGUGAAUGGAAUAAGAACAAGAGAUUUUGACUGUUGUUUAGCCAUACCGUUAAUUACAGAAGCUGGGAACGCUUUAGAUUUGGUUGUGUGCAGGAACCCUAUAGCUAAAGUUUCUAAUGUUGAAUCUAGUCAAAAAGUGGCAAGUAAACCAGUCAGGGAAUAUAAUUCUUGUGAUGAAGGCAGUGUUUACAUGAAUGUACCAAAUAAAAAUGGAUACACUACACCUAAAAGUGUUUGAUAUUAGGGGAAGAGGAGAUGUUUUUGGACCAGAAUUGGAAUACAUUCGAAUGGUACAAGUGGUUAUUCAUGCAUAGAUUUAUUUUUUUGUAUGUAUUUAAAUAAAUACUUUUGCUGACAGGCAGACAUUGCUUGAAUGUUUAUGUUGAGUGAUAAAUUGAGAUUUGUUUAUAGUUCUGAGUAAAGUUAAACCUUAUGAGAAAGAUUUUUAUAGAUUGUAUAAAUAGAGAUGACUAAAGAAUGAAUAAAAGAGAGAUGAUUAAAAGAUACUAUAAAAGGAGAUAUUUAAGCAUUAUAACUUUUGUUUAUAUUCGUAAUUAACAGAUUUCAUUCUGAAAAAGAAGGUCAUUUUAUUUUUCCCUUAUGAUAUGCAAUUAUAAAUUUUGCAAUGUUUAUUUCUGUAACUCAUGAAGUUUUUGUCAAAUGUGAAAGACUGCUAAAAUCCAAAAGGAGUAGAAAAUAUGUAGAUAGAGUGUGAACCUUGGUUGCAGUCAUAUGCUUUAAGGAAUGUUAAAUUUUGAAAUUUACUUUAUUUCUUAAGAUAAAAAAUAAAAUUUGAUCUAUUAAAAUGUGUUUGUAUCUCAAGCCACAUCUGCAUCAUGUUUGCAUUUUUCUUUUAUGUUUUUUUUUCUUUUGCAUUCUUUAAAAACCUUUAAUGUGUCAGAUUUGAGUUGAUUAGAAACAAAAUUUAUUUUGAGUGUUUAAAUUCCUUCUGGGAAUGAACUCAGUACAAACUAUACUACUCAAAAGAUUGCAAGAUGGACAAAGAAAAUGGCUGUAGAUAAAUCAAGAUUUUCAAAAACAAUUUUUCAAUGAUUCAAUAGUUCCUACACCUAAAUUAUAAGGAAGGCUUGAUAAAUAAGUAUUUUUUAAUACCUUAAUGAUAAUACUCUUAUUUAUGUAAUACUCUAAAGCAAUAAAUGUUUUUUCAAGUGAUAAUUUUUUUUCUCACAAAUUAUUUUUGAUACAUAUCUUUUGUUAACUGAAAGUUUUUAAAUAGUCUUCAGAUGUACAUGGUACCACUACAAAUGUGUAUAAUGGAAUAAGGUGUAGAUGUUAUUUUUGUUGAAUUUUUUUCUCCAAAUAAAGUAAUUAAUUAUGUAUUGCAAUACCUUUAAGGUAUACUUAGCUUUAGAUCAAUAAAAUAAGUUUUAAUGCUGUAUUGGCCAGUUCUCAAUUUUGAAAAUGAGGCAUUUCUUUCAUUAUAUUUACCAAAAUUUACAUUGAUAUAUGCUUUUUUAUG